UCUACUUUCUAGUCCUUUCUUUCUUUGCCUUGGUCUCUUCUCAAAACAUAAUAAAAACAACUCGCUAUCAGCACCAACCACACCCAACUCAUUCACUAAUCACUUCACUAAUCACAUCACAAACUAUACACCAUGAUUGUUCUAAUUUGCUUGUAUUCUGCAAUAGCCUUUAUCUCUGUCCACAUUGUCUUUGCUGGCAUUGCUUGGGCCAGAGCUCCUUCCUGGACAAAAGCCAAAACUAGAGAUUCCAGUGGAAGAACCAUUUAUGAAAUUGUGGGGCGUAUGGAUCAAAAACAGGAAGCUCCAAGAGACCUAUGGGACAGCAUCAGAAACUGCUUUGAUGUCGUCACUCAAGUCACCCACAAAUUCAACAAUCCAACUGAAGAAGCUGGGCACGUAUUGUGGCCUAGAAUGCUCUUCUCGUACAUUAUUGUGGUUCUACACAGAACCCUGCUGGCCACUCGAUUGUCAGAUGAUUCAUUGGAUAGAAUCAUGGCUGCCAAUGGAAACAAUGACAAAGUGCAUCCUGUGGACAGAACUGAAUUGGAGGGACUCUUGGAAAGAGCAAAGUUUGCUAAUUGGGCUUAUCCAUUCCAUAAGGACUACCAAAAUCUAGAAGAAUGUCUCAGAAGAGAAGGAUUCCUACUCAUUCAACAUGAUCCAAUCACGUCUCCUGGAAAAGUUGCACACUACAUUGCCAUUCAUCAAACACAAAAAAGAUUACUCAUUGUACCAAGAGGAUCCUGUGGAUUGUCAGACUUGCUCACAGAUGCUGCUGGAAAUACCAUGGGACAAGAUCUCACAACAACAGCAACAACAACACACAAGAAUGAUACCCCUGUCAUCAAAGGACUGGAAAAGAUCUGGUCUCAUGAGGGAUGUCUCACUGCCGCCAAUCAACUCUCCAAAGACUGCAUUGAACUGGUCCAGCGGUUGGUCACACGAGAAGGAUACAACCUGGAAAUUGUGGGGCAUUCUCUGGGAGCUGCUGUGGCAACCUUGAUGGGGGCCAUCUUCCUCAACAAAAUCCCCGCCCUGCAGAACCCCAACAAGUUUCACAUUUGGGCAUAUGCACCUCCUCCCUGUCUCAAUCAAGAAGCUUCCGAUGCCAUAGACCCAUACAUUUCCACCAUUGUCUGGAACGAUGAUGUUGUCCCCACUCUCAGCGUUGACAACUAUGUCUUUACCUGCCGCAUCUUGGCUCACAUGAACGAACAAGAACAAGCCUAUCGUGGAAAGAAACUGGCCCUCUUUGGUGCCUUGGUUGCUGCUGCCACCACCACAUUGGGCUUCCGAAAAGCACCCAUGGCCAUUUCCGAUGAUCGAUUGGAUGAAAUGGUACACUAUGCCCUCGAAUACACAGAAUCGCUUCACUCCGAACGGCAAAACGACAAUGACAGCAGCAACGGCAAAACCGUUCCUCAAAUUCAUGUUCCCGGCCAGGUCAUUUAUCUCUGGGAACGACGUCAUUGGAAUAUGCCCACUGGAGAAAUCAAUGCAGUCAAGGCACAGGGAAGUACCUUUCUACACUUGCAUCUUGUCAUACCCACCAAAGACAGCCUCCCAAAUCACUUUAUGGAUUCCUACGAAAGAGGAAUGCAACAACUACUCCAGCAAAUGGGAGACGAAACAGAACACCGCAGAAGCAUCUUUCUCUGGGAGCAAAUACCAAAAUCUGUCCUCGAAUCAUGAUCGAAUCAAUCGAAUCGGCCAGGAUUUCUAUUAGGAGGGCCAUAGAGUGACAAUAGUAAGACCUUUUUAGUACAACAAUGUACACCAUGAGA